UCGGGGGCGGGCGCUCAACCCUAGCCCGCGGCGGAGGCGCAGGGCGCGCUCAGGCCGUGUGCUAGGCGGCCCGGCGGCCGCACCAUGGAGUCGGGCGCCGAGGAGCACGAGCUCAACGGCGACCUGCGCCCGGACUUCCCCGGUUCCCCCGACGCCUCGCCACCCCGCUGGGGUUGGAGGAACCGGCCCAUCAAUGUAAACCAUUACGCCAACAAGAAGAGCGCAGCAGAGAGCAUGCUGGACAUUGCGCUGCUCAUGGCCAACGCAUCGCAGCUGAAGGCCGUGGUGGAACAGGGUCAUGACUUUGCCUUCUUUGUGCCUCUCGUGGUCCUCAUCUCCAUCUCUCUCGUGCUGCAGAUCGGAGUGGGCGUGCUUCUCAUCUUCCUGGUCAAGUACGACCUUAACAACCCAGCCAAGCAUGCCAAGCUGGACUUCCUUAACAACCUGGCCACAGGACUAGUAUUCAUCAUCGUGGUGGUCAACAUCUUCAUUACGGCCUUUGGGGUCCAGAAGCCUGUAAUGGACGUGGCACCCCGGCAGUAGGACACCCCGGUGAGUUGAGUCCUUAAAGUUACCUGAUCGCAGCCCAGCUGUCCAGACCCCUGCAACUGCCGUGCCCUUAAGGCAUGUUUCUCCUUGUGCAUCACUCCCCUAAAACCACCAGAGCCCACGCUGGCCACCGCCGGACCAUGGUCAGAGGUGGACUUCCAUCCAACUGUGACUGCUGUGUGGGUGGCUGCUCGAGGCAUGUGGGAACUGGAUGCAAGGCUAUGAAGAUUAGAACUGGACAGCCCCACAGAAACCCUUGCCCAGAGAAUGGUCACUGCCCACCAAGGACAUGCAGCAAGUCCAUGAUUGGGCUCAACGAGGGGCCAGCGCUGGCCGACGUCUCAGGACAUUCCAGAGGGACCAGGAUCUGUGCCUCCCUUUGCUGAUACAUCAGUGUCUCUAUUUCCUAUGGAGCCUGCACGGGUCACCCUGGAGACUGCUGCCUCUGCUGUUUCCUAGGCCAGGGACCCUGGACAACUGUCCGUGCCUGUCAGCUCCAGUAGUGGCCACUGGUUCCAGCCUCAGUGCCUAGGCUUGGCAGCCAGUAAGAGGCAGCCAUGCCCAUGGGGGCCACAGGUCAUGCCGGUACCUUCUGCCAGCAGUGACCUGGGAAGAGCCCAGCCUCCUACUCAGGGGUUUAGACCCCACUUUUCUAAUCAGGAAUGACAAUAAAGCUUAUGUGCUUCCC